GGAAAGGCCCGGCUGGCUACAGCUAACGGCUUAGAUGGAGCGCCCCUGAUAGCCCCUGAUAGGAAUCCCCCCCACCCCGGGCCUGGCCCAGACCAACGCGAUCAAGUUGUGGGCAUGGGGUGUUGGGCCCUCGGACACCUGGGGGAGACAGUGGCGCGGGAAGUCGGGCAGCCGUCGUGGCGCAGGGCGCCGAGGGCCACCUGUUGCAGCGGGCGGCCGGGGCUCACUUGCGCGGGGGCCGGGCCGAGGGGCGGCGGCUGCGGCGCGCGGCGGGGCUGAGGUUCCCGCGGCCCGCCAGCUCCUCCGGCUUCCGCCAGGUCAGCUGACUGCCCAGGGAGGAACUGCACGCCCGCCGCGCUCCCCUGCAGCGCUCCCAGCAGUUGCCGCCGCCGCGCCCCCGUGCUCCGUGCCGCGCGCCCGCGUCCUGGCCGCCAUGGCCGGGCUCGUGGUCAGUGGAACUCAAGUGUCCUACAUAGGCCAGGACUGCAGAGAAAUUCCAGAGCACCUUGGCAGGGACUGUGGACAUUUCGCAAAGAGGCUUGAUCUGAGCUUUAACCUUCUGAGGUCACUGGAAGGACUGAGCGCAUUCAGGAGCCUGGAGGAACUCAUCUUGGACAACAAUCAGCUGGGGGACGACCUCGUGUUGCCAGGGUUACCCAGCCUGCAUACCUUAACCCUCAACAAGAACCGAAUCACCGAUUUGGAAUAUCUCCUGGAUCACUUGGCAGAAGUGACACCAGCUCUGGAGUACCUCAGCCUGCUGGGCAAUGUGGCCUGUCCCAACGAGCUGGUCAGCUUGGAAAAGGAUGAGGAGGACUACAAGAGAUACAGAUGCUUUGUUCUGUACAAGCUGCCCAACUUGAAAUUUCUGGAUGCCCGGAAAGUAACCAGACAAGAACGAGAGGAGGCAUUGGUCAGAGGAGCCUUCAUGAAGGUGGUGAAGCCCAAGGUGUCCUGGGGAAGUGUCGCUAUGUUUACUAUGGGAAAAACUCAGAAGGCAACAGGUUUAUCCGAGAUGACCAGCUCUGAAGCCAAGUUCUGUAUACCUUCACCCAUUUCAUGGAAAUAAAAUCAAAAGGAAGAUCAAAAAUAAAACGCUAAAGAAAACACAAUAGCCCACGUUACCUCUCUUUGGGAAAGGCUGUGACUUCAGCCUUUGGUACCUUCUGCUGACUUUGCCAGGCCUGUCAAGAUCAUCCUUCUGCCUUAGACUGAGUGGUCACAUAGAGAUUGACAUGAUUGCCCUUAAGCAGGUCUCAUCCACCAGGGUGACAGACAGCGGUUGUGAAGCAACGGGGCUGACAGCAUGAACACCAUGAUAGAUUGCCUGGUCCUGUCACUGCUCACAGGGGAGCAGAGGUCACACCUGGGGCCUCCCUGGGCAUGCUCAGUGGCUGCAUUCAAGUGAGAAAGACUGUCUUUAGAUCGCCUAUUGAGUUGAAAUCUCUCUGAUAUCAUCAUGCUGCAGGCUUAUUUUUAGUGAAAUAAUCACAGUUUAGGGUAAAGCUACUCUCCCUCACUCCCUUUAAAUCUUAACCUCUGCAUUCUGCAUAUACAUAGCUCCCGUCUCUUCCCCUCCACCUUCCUUUAGCAUCAUUUUUCUGACACGUGGUGCAUUUUGGUUUGCAGCUUUUCAGCGAACAAGGUAUAACUUCCCAGGCAGGUCAUACAUUUAUGGCUGGCUUCAUGUUGCUACAAUCCCUUUAUUGGAGUAAAUAGCUUUCCCUAAAUCCCUGACUACAAAAGCAUGGACUUUUAUCUUGUUUCAUUCAUCUCUAAAUCCACUUCUUGCCCUGAAUAUGAUGCAGUGUAAGGCAGUAAGGCAUCUUUCUCAGUACGAGGGUUUGGUUGCACCAGGGACUCUUAUUUAUUAAUUUAUUUUUAACCGUAUACACUUCCAGCGAUGCCUGUGGCCAUACUUGUGCGUGGGGCUGGCUUGCUCCUUUGGGUGCCAUUUAAAGGUAGUGAGGUGAUGAAAGACAGAGUGAUGGGUCAGGAGGUUAAAAAACAAAAUUAAGACUAUAGAAAACACCCACCAGACCACAGAGUUUUUAUAGAAGGCACAAACCUUUUGGAUUUCAUAUCUUUCUCAUGACCUCUUAGAAGUCAGAUCCAUAGGUUAUGAGACUGUUAUUCCUUCCUAUAUCCUUGGCUGUGCACUAAUGUCACAAGGAACAUAAGUAUGAUCAUUGCUAGUUGGGUGGCUAUAAGCUUACCUAACUUGCUGGUGCACCAGUCAGAUCACUGUAGAAGAUAUUCAAAAGGCUGAUUGUUCUUGACACGAUAGUGUUUAUUUUUCUGCUUAUCUUUAGACCAAGUGCUCAUUGUGCUCACAGUAUUAGGUCAGUUUGAUGACAGCAGAACCUGAAAGAGAAUCCCUCCAAGUUAUAGAUACUGAGGGACUAGGGAACUGCUAUUGUAAAUCUCUGGGGACUCAGAAUCCCUAAGCUGCCCAAAAAGAGCCUACUUUUUCCGCUCCAGCCCAUUUAUGUAGCCUCUGGCCUACUGAGUCAACACAGGCCUUGAAUGACAUGUAUUGAGGCUGGCGGGAGUCCUGCUUACAGAUUAUCCUUUGUUAAUCAGUUCUUGAGACAAGUUAAGAUUAAAAUCCUCACAACUACAAAUAAUUGGAGAACGCUGAAUGUCUGCCUCUAUCUCUCAAAUCCAUUCGUACGUAACUGGAGUACCUUUUCUCUGUUUGAUUUACAAAACGGCACUGGAAUAAUGCUUUAAAUUAUCUCCAUUUGGUUCCUCCCCGGGUUGUUGUUUAGAAGCAUCAACACAUGUUUUCUUCUUGGCAUAAUGUGGGCAGCCAGAGUUCUGUGCAAGAGCAGCUAGACGAGUCGGAUGUCAUAUCCAAUCUAGCCGCACAUAUAUCCUUGUCUUUAUAAAAGGCUUUAACCCUUCCUCAAACAAUAAAAAAGCACUUGUGAACUGACCACAGAAUUUUUCCAUCUUUAUUUUUCUUACUUGUUUACUUUUUUUAAUGUCAGAACCAUUUGUAUCAUGCGCAGGAAUGUCUCCCUCAAUGUGAGCUUUGGAGGCAACACAUAUUUUUGGAGUGAGUUAUUGACCACACUGUUUCCCUCUCUUUGGGUUGUUUAUUUUCUUCCAAAAUGGUGCAAUAACUUUCAUUAAGAUUAGCUUCAAUUAUAAAUUACCUAAAGGCCACCACGAAGGUAUAUUCAUCUUACUGAUAGAAUUAUAGUGAGUUUUGUUUCUCUUAAGGAGGGAUAAUGAUAAUGAAUUAGUGCUGGGUUGCUCACAGUUCCACUGGCGUGUCAACCAAAAUUUGCUAUGCUAGAGCUAGAUUUUGGUCUGAAGUGGCAGAGGUAGAAGCCAUGUUGCAUGUUUAUCUUGAAUCUGUAGGAAUUUCCCAAACCUUGUUUUUCGAAGUUGAGGAGAAGAAAGUAAUCAAUUCAAUCAGGAACCAGACAUGUUUUGUACUUUCUCUACCCUUUGGUCUUUCUUCCUUUUAUGCCAUUCCACUGAGCUUGUUCUUUGGGGAUUGUGGUGCCUGACAUCCCUGUCUUCCCCCUCCCAGGACACUGACCUGAGUGGAGAGACCUCGGCAAUUCAAGGCUGUCCUGCAGCUCUCUGUGGCCUCAGCAAUGUCAGGGCGGCUGUCUCUUUCCUAAGUAACAUAAUUUUAAAGAACAAUUUGUUCCUUAGGGAAUAAUGUCUUGGAUUGUGGGGAAUCCUAUUAAAAGUACAACUAUUGCAAUCAUUUGCUUUUACUUUCACCAGCCUCGCUCAUAAACCUCCAUCUGUUUGUUGCUUUAAAUAGAAGCACACUAUAAGAGAUUAUCACUUGAUCAGGCUGCGUGUCUGAGUGUUGUGUGUUUUCACAUAUUCAUGUACACGAAGAAAUAAAAGAAAGCAAACCACA